CAACUGGGCACGUGCACGCCCAGUGGAUCCCCUGGCCUCUAACAGGAACCCCUCCUAGAGGCGAGGCCGCGGGGGAAUCGUGAGGAGGGCAUCCCCGAGGACAUUCACGAUUCCCCCGAGGACAUUAACGAUUCCCCCGAGGAUAUUCACGAUUCCCCCGAGAACAUUCACAAUUCCCCCGAGGACAUUCACGAUCCCCGAGGACAUCCAUCUACCAGACAAUCUUUUCAACACACCACACAUCUCCGUCGAGGGAGCCUGGAGAAAGCAGCAAAACCCACAGGGAACCGCACGCAAUGGGUCUUUUCCACCGAAGCCGUGAUAAAGACAGUCCUCAGGCCGUACCGAAGCACCGUUUCGGAUUUCGCAAAUCCUUCAAAAAGUUAACGGGCGCCAAAUCCACGUCACUCGCUCCUGAACCGCUCGUCGCUUCUGUCCUUCGCCAAAGCAAUGCAUCCAAACCCUCGCCCCGCACCUCCAUCAUCAACGACACAUCUGCGUCUCUCGAGGGAUCCGCGGCCGCCAGUGAAAGCAUCACCACAAUCCCCCCAUGCCGUCAAGUUCAGGAGAUCACAAGCACGCCCAAGACUCUAUGGGACCGAGCAUACGACGCUCUUCGAUCAUCCAACGAUCCCGACAAGUCGGGCUUGGUUGCCGAUUACGAGAGAAAAGUUCUCCAUGAAUUAAAAUCCAAUGUGUCAGGACGUACAGUGGAACUCGAGGAAACGUUCGCGGAUUCACUCUUGGAUCAGAAGCUCACCAACAAGGCAGUACUUGACCGAGCCAUUGAAGAUGCAUUGAAGCAUGCCGCCAAGGGGGCAAGCUCAGCAAGAUCAUCAAUCGACAAGGCGGGCAAAUUGACGUUGGCGCUUCAGAACUUCAUCAGCGAGGCUGUCAAAGCUUUCCCGGAGGCUUCCCUUGUAUGGGCAGGCGUGUAUCUUGUUCUACCCCUCCUCACCCAACCUGCAAUUGCCGACGAAGCCCAGAGGAACGGGUUCUCAUACGUCACGUCCCGUAUCGGCUUCUGGACUACGCUUGAACGUCAGCUUGCCAAUACCGGAAACUGGACGGAGAGUGUUCAAGAGGAAUUUGUCAGGCUUUAUCAGCAUUUGCUUGAAUUCCAGGUCCGCAUUGUCCUCCGAUACCAUCAAAGUGGCUUUGAACGCUUCGUACAAGACCUUUCAUCCAACGCGUGGGAGCAGCUUAUCACAGUCAUCAAGCACCAAGAGGGUCUUCUCUACCAGGAUUUACAACAAUACCACAAUACCAACCUUUCACUCACCAUUGAGACUCUUAAGGAGAACAGCAAUAAAUCUUUAGAGUCCAACGCCAGAUUUCUCGAGGCUCUACAGGAGGUCCAAGAUUUUGUCCGUAAAGGCGCUGAGAAUAAGCUUCAGGAGAAGGAGGAGAAGUGUUUACACCUCUUCCGUCUUACGGACAAUCAGAGACAUGUCACCUAUGAGUGGUAUAAAAGCCGUGUCCAAAAGCGAGUUGAGGGAACUUGCAUCUGGGCUGUUCAGCACGAGAAUUUUCAAAACUGGUUGAAGCUCAAAUCGGGACCUCUUCUGAUCACGGCAGACCCUGGAUGCGGGAAAUCCGUGUUAUCCAAAUACUUGAUUGACCAGUAUCUGCCACAACGGUUUCCGACCGCAACUAUAUGCUACUUCUUCUUCAAAGAUGGGGACCAGAACACAGUCAAGCAGGCCCUUUGUGCUCUACUACAUCAGCUUUUUUGCCAAAAGCCAGAACUGAUCAAGCAUGCUCUCGAAGAAUAUGCUCACGCCAUGAUCAGAACGACAUCCUCAUUAUGGCGGAUUUUCAACGACGCAACGCAUGAUGAAAGAGCGGUGCUUGAUGCUCUUGAUGAAUGCGAGCCAAAUGAGUUCACACUCUUGGUGGAAAACAUCAACAAAGUGGGAGAAAGCGUCGCCAAGUUUCUGCUUACAUCUCGUCCGUAUGGGGAUUAUGGCGACAUGCUUGAACGCUUUCCUCGCGUUCUGAUCCCGGGGGAAAAGGAAGAUCAAUCGGACCAGAUCAGUACGGAGAUUAAUCUUCGCGUCGAUCAAUUCUACAAACUCCAAGAUCAACUCAAAAAUACCCUGUGGGCGGAACUCAACAAGACAAAGCAUCGAACCUAUCUCUGGGUCUAUCUUGUCUUCGAUUAUUUGAAGACCCUCGUCUCAAGCGACGCUCUGAAGCGGACAGCUCAAGGGUUUAAGACUGCCAUUGAGAAACUUCCGAGGACAGUGGAAGAUGCAUAUGAACGGAUUCUCAAUAGGCCCCAGGGUGCCCUACGUACAAUAUUGCGACGAGUGUUGUGUCGCCCUUUGACGCUCUCUGAGAUGCAGAUUGUGGUCAACAUUGAACCUGACAUGAUAUCUGUCAAAGAACUGGACAUGGAGGAGGAAGAAGAUUUCUCAAAUCGCCCAAGAACAAUCUGCGGACUUUUUCGCAGAGUAGAGUUCUUGCAGGCCGAAACGGAACUAUCUACAGCGCCAGGGAAAAACCAGGCCCAUGGUGAACUUGCUCGGAUUUGCGUGCGCGAUGGUCCUUUUCUUCAUGUUGCUGUGGCUUUAGGAUGCAAUGGCCUCGUCCGACAUAUUCUACGUAACAUUAGCGCUAAAGAAAUCAACACUGGUCACAACGAAAGGGAGACAACACCUCUAGCUCUAGCCGCCAGAUACGGAAACAACCACACUAUACAGCUUUUGAUCGAGGCGGGGGCCGAAGUGGGUACUGGCUGGAAAGACAAAACUCCACUGUAUGAAGCCGUGGACGCUCGAAAAUUAGUGUCUGCCACUACCUUACUCGAUUACGGCGCCUCCGUUGAUCAGUUAGAUGCGCGAGGACGGACUCUGUUACACCUCACGGCUCGUAACGAUGACGCCAAGAUGGUGGAGGUAUUGGUUGAGAAAGGGAUCAAUGUCAACUCCACAGAUAAUGACGGCAAUACCGCUUUGCUGGCAUGCCGCGCCGUCUACGAUGAAAUGUACCGGAGGACAGAUGGCGUCAAACUGGCCAGAUUUGUGAUUGAAAGAGGAGCAUGUCUUGACAUAGCCAACAAAGACGGCACAACCGCUCUCAUGCAAGCAGUCGACUCGGGUAGGUGGGCUUUGGCUAAGCUCCUCAUCGCGAAAGGUGCGGAUCCCAACCUACAAGAUUGUAAAGGCGAGUUGGCCCUUCACAAGGUCUACUACUCCGAUAAGGACGAGGAUAGAGCCGUAUCACUAGCCAGGACGCUAGUUGAGAAAUGCGUUCACUUAGAGGCACAAGACCAUGAUGGUUUUACUCCCCUACAUGCUGCCGUUGCUAGGGAGCAUGUUAAGCUAGUAAGGUUGCUACUUGAAGGAGGUGCAGAUCUUGAGGCUACAGACCAUAGGGGCUUUACUCCGCUCGUUUCAGCGGUUUUCAUGAGCAAGACGAAAGUUCUUCCGUCCCUACUCGACUCAGGCGCGAAUGUUGAGGUUACCGACAAUGAGGGCAAAGGUCCUCUCUUGUUUGCGGUCGCGACAUCAGAGCCCCAAAUUGUUAAGAUGCUUCUCAACUUUGGUGCUAAAGUGGAAUGCACUGGGAAAGGCCCUUCACUCCUGAAAAAGGCCGUGGAAGUCAUUGAGGAUAACUUGAACACCGCGAAUGUGAUUCUGAGGGAGUAUGAAAUGGUGAAGGAACGAACCUCAGGCCUCGAAACCGGAACCGAAAACUGGGACCUAAUAACGGCAGACAGUCCGGAAAUGGUGGCACGCCUUGGAGACGCCUGCGUCGCCUGGGAUCAUGAGCGAGCUAAGCGAAGUUUGGCAACGCACCAAAUACUGCGCCGAGCGGUUGCUGAUACGGGUAUCGAUAGGCUAGAUGAAGAAGUUGAAACGGUGUUAGAUCGUGCGAUCAAGGAUGUGGAUCGGGCGCUGGAGGAGAUGAUGAGGAUACAGUUCGCGAACGAUCGCGGUGACCGACGCUGGUGA